AGGGGAUUAUUGAACUGUCGAGAUUUGUAUAAAAUGGCUGGGUUAACUAAUCCACUGGGAUUAAUUAGAGAGGGCGGAAGAAGAAUCUGCUUUCGGUCCUGCAUAUGCGUGCGGCUUCUGGCAACGACAAGUCACCACAGAGCGUGAAAGCGAGCGAGCGAGCGAGAGAGAGAGAGAGAGAGAUUGUCUCGUGAGGCAAAUCUUCCGCGGCCUUCUCUUCUGUCGUCUUCGUUCGCGGUCUCUCGCGGGCGGCGCCGCCUCGUCCCGCUCCUCGGUCUCUUGCGGGGGCGGUUGGGUGGGGGUGGGUGCAGGGCGGUUGAGGUUCAGUUGGGAUUCAGUAGAGUUGUGGGGGGUUGCUGCUGCUGCUGCUGCCUUGCUGGUGGUGGUGGAGGAGGGGGAUGGGGAACCAGGUCGGGGGGCGGCGGCGGAGGCCGGCGGUGGACGAGCGGUACACGCGGCCGCAGGGGCUGUACCCGCACCCGGACAUCGACCUCAAGAAGCUGCGCCGCCUCAUCGUCGAGGCCAAGCUCGCGCCCUGCCACCCGGGCUCCGACGACCCGCGCGCCGACCUCGACGAGUGCCCCAUCUGCUUCCUGUUCUAUCCUAGCCUGAACCGGUCCAAGUGCUGCGCCAAGGGGAUUUGCACCGAGUGUUUCCUCCAGAUGAAGUCGCCCACCUCGUGCCGGCCGACUCAAUGUCCAUACUGCAAGAUGCUGAACUACGCGGUGGAGUACCGCGGCGUCAAGACCAAGGAGGAGAAGGGUGUCGAGCAGCUUGAGGAGCAGAGGGUUAUCGAGGCACAGAUCAGGAUGCGGCAUCAGGAAAUCAAGGACGACGCGGAGCGGCUGAAAAACAAGCAGACUGCUACUUUGAGCGAUGUAAUAACAACGCCACAAGUUGAAUGUUGUGAAGCUGGUGGCACAUCCACCCCAGCUGCAAGCAGUGCGCAAGGCAAUGAUGCGCUAUUGUCUCAAGUACAGCAUUCAGAGUUGCUACUGAAGAAUUCUGAACGUUUAAAGCAAAUGCGGGAGAAUAAUUUCGACGUGGACCUUGAGGAAGUUAUGCUUAUGGAAGCAAUUUGGCUUUCUGUACAAGAUGCCUCGGGAAAUCCUGGCAUCACAGGUGCUGCACCACCAACAAUUCCUCCAAGAUCUUAUGAUACAUCUGUGACAGCUUCAGCUGAAGCAGCUCCUUCUGGUGGAUUUGCUUGUGCGGUUGCAGCUUUAGCCGAGCAACAGCAUAUGCUUGUAGGUUCCUCCAUUCCUGCCACUUGCCAGGCGUCAAAACAUGAUACUCUCAGCAGGUCAGACAGGUCUUUUACAGAGGAUUUGAGCAUAGCUGGGAGCAGUUCUUCAGGCACCAGAGUUGACGAAUCGUCAAUCAAUAGAACGCGCCAAACAAGAGAGGGUGCGGAGCAUUCUAAUAAUGACCGGUGGUCAGAGGUUGCUGAUGCCAGCACCAGUUGUGCUGGCUCCGAUAUUACGAGAGAGGCUGGGGCUGCCAAUUUGGUUGCUUCAGAUGGGUCUAGCAUUGGUUCAGGCAAUAUUCCUGAUAGCUUUGAAGAUCAGAUGAUGCUGGCCAUCUCUCUCUCGUUAGUUGAUGCCCGGGCCAUGGCAAGUUCUCCAGGCCCAGGGUUAACAUGGCAGUAGUCGCUUGACGACUUCUAUUUAUUAGUUUCAGUUGGAUGGUAUUGUUCCUAGAUUUCCCUUUGGCACAUAAAGCAUAGGAUUAGAUUGGGGGGGACAGGGCACAGCAGGUAAACAAAGGUUGGCUGUGGAAGUUGUGAAUAGACUAGUGAGAUAAAUCUGCAUAUUUGCAGGUAGUGCUUGGUUUUUUUCCUUUUUUUUUUCCUUCCAGUUUCCUUGUAUAGAUGAAAACUAGGUUCCGCCUACAUAAAUCGUGCCUUUGGUGUAGCUGCAGAAAUGCUGUAAAUGCAGAAAGUAGCUCUCUUUUCAUGUCCUGGGUGACUUUCCUGAAUGCUGCGUAGAGCACGUUACAUAUUUGUAGUAGUAUAUGUUUUGGAGCCAUAAACUUUUUGCAUUUUGAGCAAGUAAUCAUUAUUCCCGGUGUGGCCUGCAA